AUGGAUAAUGAAUUAAAUGUAACAUAUAUAACUUUUGAUGGGCAUGUGGAACUGCACAAAUACAGAUAUCUUUAUUUUGUGAUCAUGUUUACAGCAUAUAUUCUAAUCAUUUGCAGUAAUUCCACUAUUGUGGGCAUCAUAGUGAUUAACAAAUCCCUCCAUGAACCUAUGUACAUUUUCAUUGCAGCUUUGUUAAUCAACUCUGUUCUUUACAGCACUGCUAUCUAUCCAAAGCUUUUGAUUGACUUUUUAUCUGAAAAACAGAUCAUAUCUUAUUCAGCCUGUCUCUUUCAGGGGUUUAUAUAUUACACUCUAGCCUCUUCAGAAUUCUUCCUGUUGUCAGCCAUGGCCUAUGACAGGUAUGUGUCUAUAUGUAAACCUCUGAAAUAUCACACUAUCAUGAGAAAAACAACUGUUUAUAUUUUCCUGAUUUUAGCUUGGAUUCUACCUGCUUGUCAAAUUUCAGUGGGACCGUUGCUGAUUGCUAAUGAAAAACUCUGUUACUUUAUCUUGAAAGGAAUAAUUUGCAACAGCACAGUUAACACACUUCACUGUACAGUUCAGAACCUCAAACCCCACCAGAGUCCAUGGACCUCUCUGCUGUUCCUGAUGUCUAUCAUGACCUGUCUUCAGCAAACACAGAGCAACUUCUCUUCCUCCUCACCGGCCUUAGGACUGCGCCAUUGA